AUGCGGCCCCAAGGGCUUUGCCGGUCCUUCGGUCUGCUCCACCGCGCAGCCACUCGUUCCUUCGUAGAGACCGGUGCAGGUCGCCAGUUCAUUCAAACGACAACCAGCUCCCCGCCUCGGGUCCCAGACUUUGCCUUUGCCUUCGAUAUCGACGGCGUCCUUCUCAGAUCCUCCAAGCCCAUCCCCGGCGCUGCGGAGUCAUUAGCUCUCCUCAAGGAACAGGGAAUCCCCUUCAUUCUUUUGACAAAUGGCGGUGGGAAACAUGAGACGGAGAGAGUGGCCGAAAUCAGUGAAAAACUCCAGUUGCCGUUGGAUCCCUCGGUAAUCGUCCAGAGCCAUUCCCCUUUCGCGGAGCUCGUACGCGGACCGGACGAGCAGAGUUCUCUCGAAAACAAGUGCGUGCUAGUAGUCGGAGGUGAUGGCGACCGCUGCCGACAAGUUGCAGAGAGGUACGGCUUCAAAAACGUGAUCACACCCGGCGACAUCAUCAUGGCCAAUCCAACCAUUUGGCCUUUCUCGAAUGUGUUCAAGGACUACUAUAAAUCAUUUGCGAGGCCACUGCCGAACCCCCAGGACCCUAAAGACCCGACCAAGGGCCUCAAGGUUGACGCCAUUUUUGUUUACAAUGACCCCCGUGAUUGGGCUCUGGAUGCACAAGUGAUCAUGGAUUUCCUGCUCUCAUCUCAGGGUGUCCUCGGAACUCUCUCGGAGAAGAACGGACGGUCUGACUUGCCAAACCGAGGUUACCAGCAGGAUGGUCAGCCACAUCUCUACUUCUCAAACCCCGAUUUGUGGUGGGCUGCAGCCUAUUAUCUCCCGCGUCUCGGCCAGGGUGGAUUCCGGGAAGCGUUGGAAGGCACCUGGGCUGCAACGACUGGUGGCCCGAGCAAAGGCGUUGAGUUGAAGAAAACGGUUAUCGGAAAACCGUACCAGGGUACUUAUGAGUUUGCAGAGAACCAACUACUGCGGAACCGCUCCCGCGCUUUUGGUGCAGAGGCCAACAUCCCUCUACGAAACGUAUACAUGAUCGGAGACAACCCGGAAUCCGAUAUCCAGGGCGCCAAUACAUACAGGAGUCCUUAUGGCAGUAAUUGGCACUCGCUCCUCGUGCGGACUGGAGUCUAUCGUGGAGGGGAACCAACAUGGACGCCGGAGUCCAUCCACGAUGAUGUCAAAAAGGCUGUCGAAUAUGGCUUGAAGUCCUCUAGGUGGUAG